AUUUGAUUAGAAAAAAAGUUGAAUGAACAAGCGCCGCCGCGCCGCAUUGAGAGAGCGGAGCACCAAAUACAAAGGAGCAAUCGCAUUCGCAGCAGCAGUGGCAGCAGAGUUGAAAAAGUUUGCGGGCGGGUUACACAAAAAAGUCGAGUGCUCGAAGAAAUUUGUGAAUAACUCCAGCAAAACGAAUUGUAUUAAUUGGAAUUUAUCAAUUGAAAUUGGCAAAAAGUGCAAGUGCAUUGUGGUAAUUGAAUAAAACGUUUGAUUUAAUGAUAUGUCCAUGAAACGACCCAACGAUAUUUGAAUAUAAACAUAUGUACAAACGCAUACAUAUAAAUAUAUGUGCAUGAAAGUAGAGUAAAGUGAGUGCGCAAAAUAAAGAAAGUAACAAAAAGUGUAGUGCAGCGAAUUUGUGUAUGUGUUAAACGAUAAAAAUAAUAAAUAUAAAAAAUUUAAAUUAAACGAGAACGCAGAACGAACCGCACAAAAAGCUUAAAUAUUAAGUGAAAUAUAUACAUACAUAAAUUUCGUAAAAACCCAUAAUUACAUAAGUAACACUAUUUAAUCGCAAAAGCAACAACAAAUAUAAUCAAAGUGAACAGCAGUAUACGUUUGUCGGCAAAAAGUGAAAAGAAAAAAAAACUACAACAACUUGUGUUCAACAACAAAACGCGCGCUUUACACCAAUAAAAUUGCAUUGCAAUAAUUUCGCUUUAAUCGAAGCUAUUUGAUUAGUUCAUUCCGCUAACCACAAAAAAAUCUCUAUAUAUUAAAGAAAAUGGGUUGCACCACAUCAGCCGAGGAACGUGCUGCCCUCCAGCGUUCAAAGCAAAUCGAAAAGAAUCUCAAAGAAGAUGGCAUUCAGGCGGCAAAAGACAUCAAACUCUUGCUACUGGGUGCUGGUGAAUCGGGUAAAAGCACAAUAGUCAAACAAAUGAAAAUUAUCCACGAAAGUGGGUUCACCCCAGAGGAUUUCAAACAAUAUCGGCCGGUUGUCUACAGCAACACAAUACAAUCAUUAGUUGCAAUACUUAGAGCGAUGCCAAUUCUCGGUAUUGCGUAUCACAAUAAUGAACGAGAGAAUGAUGCAAAAAUGGUAUUUGACGUUUGCCAACGCAUGCACGACACGGAACCAUUCUCAGAGGAGCUUUUGGCUGCCAUGAAACGAUUGUGGCAGGAAGUUGGUGUUCAAGAGUGCUUCUCACGUAGCAACGAAUAUCAAUUGAAUGAUUCAGCUAAAUAUUUCCUCGACGAUUUGGAUCGGUUAGGUGCCAAGGAUUAUCAACCGACCGAACAGGAUAUUCUACGCACUCGUGUCAAGACGACCGGUAUCGUUGAAGUGCAUUUCUCAUUUAAAAAUCUCAAUUUCAAACUAUUUGACGUCGGCGGUCAGCGUUCGGAGCGAAAGAAGUGGAUCCAUUGCUUUGAAGAUGUGACAGCGAUCAUUUUCUGUGUUGCCAUGUCUGAAUAUGAUCAAGUCUUGCAUGAAGAUGAGACUACGAACCGUAUGCAAGAGUCAUUGAAGCUCUUCGAUUCGAUUUGCAACAACAAAUGGUUCACUGAUACUUCGAUUAUUUUGUUCUUGAAUAAGAAGGAUUUGUUUGAGGAGAAGAUACGCAAGAGUCCAUUGACAAUCUGCUUCCCUGAAUAUACAGGCGGUCAAGAAUACAGCGAAGCUGCUGCAUACAUUCAAGCUCAAUUCGAAGCGAAAAACAAAUCAACCUCAAAGGAAAUCUACUGCCACAUGACGUGCGCCACAGAUACAAAUAAUAUACAGUUUGUUUUCGAUGCUGUUACCGAUGUCAUUAUUGCCAACAAUUUGCGCGGCUGCGGUUUGUAUUAAGCAAAGCAACUACAAGCAGCAGCAGCAGUAACAACAACAACAGCAGCAGCAACAGUCAAGUUCAGCGCAACAAACGAACCAACAAGCAACGCAUGGCGAAAAAUCAUUGUCGGACUCCAUCACCACCGCUACAGUUACAACAACAACAACUAUGAAAACAAUAACAAUUACAAGAAAUGACAUGAAUAGAACGAAUACUAUAAAAUGCCAUAAAUUAUUCGAAUAUUCGCACACUUUUUCGAAAACUAACCUCAACUAAUGGGCGUAUCAGUGAUAAUGACAGAUUUAUGUAUUUAAAAUAAUUACUUUAACUGAAAAGUAUUGUAAAAAAAUGAUUUUUAUUAGCAAUAUUUUACUGUUUGCUUCAAAAAUUACCUCCAAUCUCCAAGGAUAUCAAUUUAAAUUACAACAAAUUUAUGUACAUACAUACAAAUGUACAUGUGAAUGCCAACGAUGUCGGUGCGUGAUGGAUAACUGUUUAAAUGAUUUGUUAAAGGCGUUGCACUAAAUACAAUUGGCGCCGAAAGCGUAAGCUAAAGCAGUUACCGCAGCGGUAGCACAGCAGUGGAGAAGCGAAAUGUACAUUUUAGUCAAGCAAAUUGAACAAAAACAAAAACAAAACGCACACACACACACACGUACAUACAAACAAACAAACAAAACACACAGCAGAAACCAUAAUUACUAAUUAAGCUUACUAAAAAAAUAAAAAACACUGAAGAAGUGAAGUAGUAGAAGCAGUGAAAGAAGUAAUGCAAAACAAAAAAAAAACUUUAUAAUAAUACAGAAAAUUUAAUUCAUUUAAAAAUAAUUGAGAUUAAAAACAGGCAAACAGAAAACAGAAAUUAUAAAUUUUCAUAGCAUAUAGUAUAAAGCGAAAACCAGGUCAUUGUAAUGUAAAAUUCCGCAACACUGUAAAAAGCCGUUUACUAAGCAUAUAUACAUACCACUAUGUAUGUAUGCACAUAUUUGAACAAAAGUAAACCGAAGAGAAUUUGAAGUAAAUCAAAAAAGCAAAGCAAAGAACUCUCAAUUAAAGAGUACACGCACCACUACUUCUAUACUAGUUUACUAAAUAUGUAUAGACUACAUUAGGCUGAUACUUAGACGAUACAACAACAACCAAGAAGAACAAAAAAAAACUGACCGUUUGCUAUACUAUUGACACAGCAUACAACAACAUAAAUACACGCAUAAAGGCAUAACCUAAAAUUAUCACAAAGAUAAAACGAACACACAAAGUUAUAAUUUAUAGUUUAUUUAUGAUAAAAUUUAAUGCAAAAACGAAAUGUGUAUGUGUUGUUAUGGAGGCUGGUGGAGACAGUUGGACUUGUGCUAGGAAAUGUUUAAGUUUUAUUUAAAGAUUUUUUAUAAAUUUUUCCAUAUGGAAUUGUAAUUUCUUGUUUAUAGGUUUAUUUGUGUAUUUCCAAUAGGAAAUUUCAGAUUUUUUUAUUAAAAAUUUGUAUUAAAUGUUUUUAGUUAAACAUAUUUUUUUAUGUUCGACUAUUGUAUUUAGUUCGAAAUUUCUUCGUUUUGCCAUACACUUUUUGUUUUAUUUUGUGCUCUGCAAAUUAUGUUGAAAAAAGGUCGGCUUGUUUAGCAGAAAUUAAAAGGAAAACAGCUUUUAGUUAAAUUUGUAAUCAAUAGAAAAUAUUUGAGCAUAAUUUCCAAGUAAUUUAACAAAUUUUCUAGCAUUUGGAGUGUAUUCAGCAUUUGCUAGAGGUUAUAAUAGAUAAAGGCUAUCUUCUGAGAGUGCAUACGUUUAUUUAUAGUAUUAAUAAAAUAUGUAUUUCUUAUAACAAAGUCAUUUGUCUGAACAUAACCUAAAAAAUUAUUAAAGUUUUAAACGUUUUUUGCGCUUUAACAGUGAGUACGUGGAAAAACUUUAAAGAAUACUUAUAACUCUUGGAAAAAUAAUGAAUUUUGUAAAGUACUGUGACUGAUUUUUCAGAAAAAAAAUGUGUCUGAAUUCUAAAAAAAAUCUAUAAUUUGCGCAAUAACAUAAAAAGUUUUCUGCAAUUCAAUUGUUUGCGGCAUUUACGACUUUUAUUGUAUUAUGAGCACAUUGGUUUCAAUAUUUACAAUUAAUUAUAUGUUUUGCAAACUAUACGAAAACUCGAAAAAUGUGUUAAUAUUUCAAUAUAAAAUGCAAAUUUUCUUAAAUAUUUUAAAAGAAGAUAUUAAUAUUUAACAUAUUUUCUGCAUUUUCGAAAUAUUUGAGAUUUUUUGUGCAAAACAGAGCUGCCAGAUGUCCACACAACACAAAUAUUUUUGUUAGAAAAUAUUUUUAAAAGGCUUUUCGAUGGUUUAAGAGCUAAAAUAAUCAGCCUUAUUGUACACUACAUGUGAAAAAGUAAAAAACAAUAUCUUUGAAAAUAUGUUUAAAAUUUUCUCCACAAAGAUUCGCGAGCCAAAAUAUUACGAAAAUCGAUUUUCCAGUUCAAAUUUUUUUUACUAUUUUAUUUGUUGUAAUUUAUAUAUUUUGUAUUUAAACAUACUUCAAAAACACGCAUAAACAGACGCACACACGCACAUACACAAACAGGCGUACAAUACCGUACAAAAUUGCAUAAAAUACGAACAAUCUUGAAAAAAUAAAUAAAUAAAUAAAUGCAUUAAAAAAAUGUAUGUAAACUGUAUGAGAGAUUUCUACUAAAAUGCAUAUUCAACCAUUAAAAUUAAAUUGUAUAAUAAAUUAAAAACAAAAAAAUAUUUAUGUAUUUAGUGAAAUGGCAUUUAACACAAUUUGUGUGUAAUUGUUUAUACUAUGAUUACUACUAUUAUUAUUAAUGAUUACAAUUAUUAUUAUUGUUUAUGAGAUAUGUAUGUAUAUGUAUUAUGAUAAAUGUAUAUGUAUUGUGUAUGGAGCCGCCAGCUCUUGUUAUAAUUGAAUUUAUUUUUUUUUGUAUUUAAUUUAAUGACUAAUAAUUUUUGUUUUUUACUUUUUUUUUAUAUAUUUUUAAUGAUACACGCUUACAUACAUGCAUUUUUAAUUGCAUUUGACUUUUUUUUAUUUUGCAAACAAACUACCAAUAUAACUUUUCUGUUUUAUUUAUUAAUAAAUUUGAAAAAAAAAAUACUAAAAAAUUAAACAAAUACACAACAUCACACAAAUGCCAUGUCAAAUAUGUAUCUUUAAAGUAAUUUUUGUCUAGUAAAAUGUUACGAAUUUUCUGCUGAGAGCAAUUUAUUUGCUUUACGCCAUACUCCUACUUUCAUUGUUUAGCUACAGUUAUUCAAUUAACUAUUGUAACUAACCUCAAAUAUUUUAUACUUUUAUUUUGUUUUUGUUUUAGUAUAUAACAACUGCAUCGAACUUUUGUACACUUUAACUUAAUUUAAUAACCAUUUAGUUUUAAGUUGCCAACGCUCUCUUAAGUUACUUUCCGAAUUUCGCGCUCUUCAUUGUUGAUUACGCGCUCUUCUCAUUUUGCCAACUAAA